GAUGGCGAGCAGGCUCUUGAGGCAAAGGGCAACCCCAUUCUCCCUAGGUUCAACCUUCUCUCGGUUCCUUCAUCCCUCCUCCCCGCCUAUCGAUCCUUGUCCGGCGGCGGCCUUCAAUGGCCUUCGAAGCCUCCACUCUCUCACUUCCCCUGGCGAUGGUGGUGUCUUCCAUUCUUCUGAUCCUAGAUCGGUGGCUCCACGAUCCGUCCUCAUGCCCGAUUUUGCUGGAUCCUUUCUCCUCCUUGGCCAAUGGCACCCGCUUUGUUCCCUCCUCUGCCGCUGGGUCUCUUGGUCUCAUGAAGGUAUGGAAUCAUGGAAUUUCUAAUGCAAGCCACUCAUAUAUACCCUCCUAUCCAAGCAUGCAAGUAUCUCCUCGUUGGUUUUCUAUGAAAGCAUCAUCAGAUCCUGAUCAAUCAACUGAAAAGAAUACCUCAGAUACGACACUGCAUCAAAAAACAUCAAAAGUGGUAUCCUUUGCGCCCCUGGAAGCAAGUGCCAGCAUGAAAGAGCGACCUAGUGCUCUACGGAGUGAAAGCCUGAAAAUAAAGAGAAUAGAGCUCUCGCAGAAAAUUACAUAUGCUCUGAUUCCUGCCCUGCUCCUUGUUUCCAAAACAAAGCUGACCACCUCGCUGAUAAUUCUCUCGGUAUUCUGGCAGAUCCAUGGGUUCUUCAAGGAGAUUUUCCUGGACUAUGUGCACCAAGAGGUGACCAGGAAGUGGGUUUUGAUAUACUUCAAUCUGCUUCUCUUGAUUGUGGCCAAGGAUCUCUUCCUUGCCUUUUGAUAUAUUCACUGAAGGCUGAAGCCACCAUAGUAUGAGGUUGAAUCUUAAAUCAUCAUCGUUUCCGCAACUUGGUUGGAUCAGUGAGGGCAAUCUAUGAAAUAAUCUGUUUUCUAUUUUGUAAUCAAAUAAAUAUGUUACUUAUGUCAUCACAAGGAUGUUCAGUGUUGUUGUCAUGUACCCUUUGCUGUUGAUUCAGAUGGGCUCUCCCGUGCAUUGCCCCAUUGCAGUUUGAGUGGUGACUAACAUUGAAACUAGCUUUUUGUUUGUCUC